AUGCAUCCGGGUAUCUAUAUCCCCGUCGCGCACCAGGACUCGGAGGAUUACCCCGAAGUGUGCACGUUUCUGCAAGUGAACUUCGCCUCGAACCGCGAAGUGAACAUGUUGACACAAUUCGAGCUGGACGCGACGCUCGGCCUUGCCCCAGACGCCAAAUGGACCAUGGCAAUCAACAUCCGGCAGCUCGUCAACCUCCUCUCCCUGCCCCGUCAAAUGCGCGGCCACAACUGUUUCUCAUCGCAUAUCGUCCGCAUGGUAGACCGGAAGCUAACGCCCACGACCGGAAUCGCGCAGAAAUCCACCGACGGGCGGCCCGAUCUUAGCUGGACGACUGUUGCGAGCGCAAACUACGGACUGUCCAUCCAAUGGAAGCCCCCGACACCGACGAUCUGGCUGGCCGAUUUUAUCCGAAACAGCCUCACCGUUGCGGUUGGGUUUAUCCCUGUGAUCGGACCUCUUGCGGCGGUUUGUUUCCCGCUGACCUGGACGGCCAUUGCGGAUCCGAGCAACUUUGAACACACCCUGAGAGAACUUGCGCCUGUCGUGGACCUGGCGAUGCAGGUUGCCGCGGAGGUCCAGAAGAGUGCCCAAGAGCAGGUGUUGUACAUGCCCAAGGGAUGGGCGGGAAAUGUCGAGCACUUUCGCUUGAUCACUGCUGCGGAGGCAGAGACUGAGAAAAAGACGUCCUAG